GACUUCCGGCUACUUUCACUUUAACUUUAUGGCGGGUCGUUGUGUUUGUAAUGCUGUCUGGUUUGGUAUCGUACUCUGAUAGUGAUGACGAUAAAUCUGAGGAAUCUAACGAUUGUCAUAUAUCCAACAACAGCGAUGAACGCGGCGUGAAAAGGAGUCACUCUCAAGAAGUCAAUUUAGAGACAAAGAAGGUAAAACAAAGUGCAGGUAUUUUGCCCAUCCCUGACACAAUCAAAUCUUUGUUUGCUGACAAGUCACAACCUUAUCAAGAUGAUCCUGAGAAACAUGGUGGCCGGAUACGGUCAUUCGCACAUGAAGAAGGAAGUUGGGCGACACAUGUACACAUUCCAUAUGCUUAUGACUCACGAUUUGAGAACUUAGUCCAGGAGUUGUUAUUAUGCCUGAGACCCCUGGACUUCAAGCCAAUAGACAAUUUCCACAUCAGUUUGUCUCGGACUGUGAGUUUACGUCACCACUGGAUCAAGUCACUCACCGACUCACUCCAGGCCAAGGCUCGCAUGCUACAUAAGUGUUACUGUGAGAUGGUGGGUGUAAAGUUAUACACAAAUGAUGAGAAGAACAGGACAUUUGUUGCGGUAGAAGUCCAGUCUCAUCCUGAUGUGCUGAGGGACUAUAUCUUAGCUGUUGAUUCAUGCCUUGAGGAGUUCGGGCUUCAGAAAUACUACAAGGACCCAUCGUUCCACCUGAGUGUAGGAUGGUGUGUCGGUGAUGUACUCCCUGAUGUCCUAGAGGAACAGAGACGCCAGCUACAGGCAGUCCUGGACAGACAUCUACAUACUGAUUCGGACCUUAAACUCAUCCCUGUGGACCAGAUACAGUGCAAGGCAGGCAACAAGUCUUUUACCUUUACACUGGACACAUGACCUCAAUAAAUAAAGUUUUUUGUUAUA